AUGACGACUUACGGCGCCCCACUUGGGCUUACAAGUGGGAUGUGGUUUCCGAGAUGACGAACGAUGUCAAUCUCAUGUACCAAAAGUACAUUGCCGAGUUGGACACGAUUACGCCUGAGCAGGUGGAAUGGCAGCCAUAUGGCGCCGAUGACAGACUUGGGUACACCCCAGAGUUUUCCAUCAACCCGAUGUGCUUGCGGGAUAGGGAUCUCUGGCUUAUGCGGUGCCCACUGAUAUGCAACUGGGCUGUUGAGUUUCAUUUGCCACAUCGCGUGUUUCGUCAGUUUGGUCUGUUCCAGCCUCACCCGCCGGAAUGGGUGGAUACGGACAAAGCACUUCAUAGGUUGGACAGGAGAAGGCAGCGGAAGAUAAAGCAUUGGGACAAGCAUCAUGCAUCAUAUGUUACCCGCUUCCAGCUUUGCGUGGAGCAAGCUCGUAGUAGUGCACGCGCCCAACUUCGUGAGCAUAACCCACUUGCUUUUGAUAACUACAUACGAUGGCUUCUUGAAAAUACUCGAGUUGAGAUAUGCCCGCCGGCAUAUAAUGAGGAUAUUCUUGAAGAACCCGUAAACUUUGAGGAUCUAUCAAAGGGGAAGUACAACAGAGAUGUCAGGGUAGGGCAAGGAGUCCCUGCUGUUCCGGUGAUUAACUAUGUGCGCACCGAGAUCAAGAAAGCAGCUGAUGAGAGCCAGUCUAUUCUGGAGAACACACCAGUUGGAAAAGGCAAUGAUGAUGGUUCACUACGAGCAUUCCUCAAGCGUCAGGCCAAGAAGUUAAGGCAGUUAUCGAAUCUUCUCGGUUGCCGUGGCCCCGAAUUUGAUGAACCAUCUGCCUCUAGGUCUGGUACACCAUCAGACCCCUCAUCUCACCAUCAGGGGGACGAUGUGAGUUCCUCAUAUGCUUAUCUGGAUGAUGAGGGUGCGGUCACCCAAGAGGGCCAUGAGCUUGAUGAUGACAUGACUUUGGCGGACGCUCAACUUCGGUCCCCAUAUGUGUUCAAGCCUAGGCAGCCCAGACGCCGGUACACGCCCAACGACUUUGACAACAGAGGCAACCCAAAGGUGGUCGUAGGGACCUCGCGGAUGGCUAGCUUGGAUGAUGGGUCGGAGGCGGAGGCAGAGGAGGAAGUGCAGGAAGAGGAGGCUCGUCCACCCAGGAAGAAGAAGAUUGCCUGCAGGCGUGGCACCAGGAACACGCGCGGAAGGCAUUAGUGCUUGUGUUUGUUAGUGCUCUUGUAGCCGUUUCAUUA